CAUUCAAAAAGAACUACAAAUUGGGAGAUGGAGCUCCAGGCUUAGCUUAGGCUUCUGGCGGCGUUUCCUUAAUGAGGCUAAUGAUACUGACAACAUAAAUUAGAUGGACAAGAACAUUCUACCCGAACAAAUAACCAUUCUGGGUGAACCUGGAGCAUUAUCAAAAACUUGGACCAGAGAGAAGUGCUGUGUAUAUAAAGCCCCAUUUCUACUACUUAUUUCUAUCAGCUUCUAAUUGGCGAGCAAUCCUUUUACAAAACAACAUACACCUUACAAUGGCAUGCAAGCUAAUUGAGAAUCACAGAAAAGAUGCAAAGAUUACCAUGGUGAAGAUCUUUGCAAGCGAAAGUCUAUUAAGUUACUGGAGGAAUAUUCUCUCCCCAAAGGUCUCGUUGAGUUUGGUCAUGAUAGAUCCCAGGCUUUAUCUGGCUGAAGAAUAAGAAAAAAUAAUAAUAAUAACACAGGUUUAAUCUCACUAACAAGUAGUUACCAAGUUUGCAGAAAAAAGUUGAGCAAGAAAUGUUAGAGGCCUUCAGGCUGAGGAGCUGGUCAUUGUGGGCACCAUCUCAGAUAUUUUCAACAAACUCCUUCUUCCCCCAAAAUUACAUCAGCUUCUUCCAAUGACAUUUCAUUCACAAUUUCAGCAAUUAAGCUGGAUGAGAAGG